UCUAAAAAUAGAGAAAAGAAAAAAUGCUUCUUAUUAUGGACUCAAUAUUACAACUGCCUGAUCUCUAUUAGCCAAUACAAAAUAUUGCUCUUCUCCCUGGCCAGAAUGUCACCAUUCCCAGUGAAGGUAGCUCUUUGGUUCCUGUUGAUUUCCUGCUUGUUCAAUUCUCCAUUGAGUCAACAAGGGAUAGAAGCCUUUCAGUGCAGCAAUGGGAUUGCCUUGCCUCCUGACCAGGUGUGUGACUUCACAGAUCAGUGUGGGGAUAACAGCGAUGAAGAGCAAUGCUCCAAUUAUGACAGAUGUGAUUUUGAGGAUGGGUUGUGUAUUAUGGCACAAGAUCAGGAUCUGCAACUUGUCUGGAUGAAGAGAAAUGGAAUGAUGGAUCUGUUCCCUCCAUUUUAUGAUCACAAUGGUGAUAUGUCUGCCCACUUCCUCUCACUGGUCUCCAAAGUGGAUUCUACUUCCUCAUACUUAAGAAGCAGAGUUUUCCUUUCAACCGAUAACCAACGUGCUUGCCAGAUUACAUUUUAUUACUUCAUCAGUCAUGUGAGUUGUAAAUUAAUGGUAGGACUCCAAAAUGCAUGCAGUGGUGCUGUUCAGCAUUUAUGGCAAAAUCCAGCUGGGCUCCAAAAUCAGUGGGAGAGAAAGGUUGUCAAAAUCCAGAGCUCACAGAGAUUUCAGGUUGUUUUUCAAGGUCAGAUGAUUUCAACUCGUGGACAAGAUGAAGUCAUAGCUAUUGAUGAUAUAUCUUUCAGUUCAGAUUGCUUUCCUGCAGAUGAUGAAAUUUUACCAUGUCAAGAAGCGUCUGAGACCCAUCAGGAACUAUGCCAUCCAGUUGCAGACCUCUGCAGAUUCGAUUCUCCACAUGAAGGAUUGAGAUUAUGUCACGCCUGUGGAUUUGAAUCCGACAUGUGUGACUGGGCAUCAGAAGCAUCUGCUGAGCAGCUGUCCUGGAUACGGACAAAAGCAAGUGAGGUCCAAGCAUUAGGAUCCACACCUCAGCAGGAUCAAAGUGGUAAUUACGAAGGAUAUUAUGUGUAUGUUGGGGCUAAGCAUGCUUUUACUCUUAGCCAAUUAAACAGCAAGGCUUAUUUAAACAGCUCUGUGUGUCAUUGCUUGGGCAAGAGCUGCCACCUUCAAUUCUAUUACGCCAUGGAAAAUAGCAUCUUGAGAGUUAGACUGUACAAUAAUAAGGAAGAAGAAAUAUUUUGGACAUACAACACAUCAACUCACAGCAAAUGGGUGAAAGUAGAUGUAUUAAUACCAGAUGGUCUGAAGAUAUUUCAGAUUAUUUUUGAAGGAAUUAUUUUGAGCCAGAAAAGUUUUAUUGGGCUUGAUCAACUCUGGGUCUAUGCCUGUGGACAGGCCCCCACCCGAAAGCUUUGCUCUUCUGAUGAAUUCGCUUGUGCCAGUGGACAGUGCAUUGCCCAGGAUUCAGUGUGUGACUCUCAACAGAACUGCGCUGACGCAAGUGAAGAUCUAGCAACUUGCUUUUCCAGGUGUGAUUUUGAAACAAACAGUUGCGGCUGGUUUGAAGCACUUGGUGGUGACCACUUUGACUGGAUCUGGAGCUCCCCAACUGAUCUUUCUGCUACCUUUGAGCAACAGGCCCCACCUCGGGAUCACACUUACAACACAACUGACGGGCAUUUUAUGUUCAUUCUGAAGAAAAACAACAGUUUGUCACAAGUUGCUAAACUCCAGAGCCCAACUUUCAGCCAGACUGGACCUGGAUGUACACUUUCCUUCUGGUUUUAUAACUAUGGGCUCUCAGUGGGAGCUGCUGAACUGCAACUUCAUAUAGAAAAAUCCAAUGAUUCAACACCUGUCUGGAGAGUAUUAUAUAAUCAGGGCAACCAGUGGUCAGAAGCAACCAUUCAGCUAGGGCGCCUUACUCAGCCCUUCCAUCUGUCACUAGAAAAAGUCAGUCUUGGUAUUUAUGAUGGGGUCUCAGCUAUUGAUGACAUCAGAUUUGAAAAUUGUACUCUUCCUCUUCCAGCUGAAAGCUGUGAAGAGCCAGAUCAUUUCUGGUGUCUGCACACCAAGGCGUGCAUAGAAAAGCGUCACUUAUGUGAUCUGGUGGAUGAUUGUGGCGAUCGCACUGAUGAGGCUGACUGUGUGCCUGAACUGCAGUGUAACUUUGAAAAUGGACUUUGUAACUGGGAGCAAGAUACAGAAGAUGACUUUGAUUGGACCAGGAACCAAGGUUCAACUUCAACACUUAAUACAGGACCAAUGAAAGAUAAUACUCUGGGCACAGCCAGAGGACACUACCUCUACAUAGAAUCUUCAGAGCCACAGGUUUUUGAAAACAAUGCAAUUUUACUCAGCCCCAUCCUGAAUGCCACUGGUAGAGAGGGCUGCACUUUCCGCUUCCACUACCACAUGUUUGGAAAGCACAUAUAUAGGCUGGCCAUCUACCAGAGGAUCUGGAGCAAUGCAAGGGGACAGCUGCUGUGGCAGAUAUUUGGGAAUCAAGGCAACAGAUGGAUCAGAAAUCACCUCUCCAUUUCCAGCAGGAAGCCUUUUCAGAUUUUGGUGGAGGCUUCAGUGGGAGAUGGCUUCACUGGAGAUAUUGCAAUUGAUGAUUUGUCGUUCAUGGACUGUACUCUGUAUCCCGGUACUUUGCCGGUGGACCUUCCAGCUCCCCCAGAAACUUCAGUUCCAGUAACGUUACCUCCACAUAACUGCACAGACAAUGAGUUUGUCUGCAGGUCUGAUGGCCUCUGUGUUGACAAGAUUCAGAGAUGUGAUUUUAGAUAUGACUGCCCUGACCAAUCCGAUGAAUCAACCUGUGUUUCGGAAGUUUGCAGCUUUGAAAACAGAAACUUGUGUAAAUGGUAUCAGCCGAUUCCAGUGAAUUUACUUCAGGAUUCAAACAUAUUCAGAUGGGGGCUUGGCAAUGGAAUCAGCAUUCAUCAAGGAGAAGAAAACCACAGGCCGUGGGUGGAUCAUACAAAAAAUAGCACCAGAGGAUGGUACCUAUUUGCUGACAGCUCAAAUGGGAAAUUUGGUGAUGUGGCUGACAUCCUCACUCCUGUUAUUUCACUCACGGGACCAACAUGUACCUUGGUGUUCUGGACUCACAUGAAUGGUGCCACAGUUGGCUCUCUACAGGUGCUCAUUAAGAAAGGCAACGUUACUUCUAAACUUUGGGCUCAGACUGGCCGGCAGGGUGCACAGUGGAAGAAAGUGGAAGUGUUUUUAGGCACUCAUUUGUACACACAGAUCGUCUUCAGGGCAAAACGUGGUGUCAGUUACAUGGGCGAUGUAGCAGUGGAUGAUGUUUCCUUUCAAAAUUGUUCACCCUUACCCAGCCCAGACAGAAAAUGCACUGCUCAAGAAUUCACGUGUGCUAAUAAGCACUGCAUUGCGAAGGACAGGCUGUGUGAUUUUGUGAAUGACUGUGCUGACAAUUCAGAUGAGACUUCUUUUAUUUGUGGUACCUCCAGGGGACGCUGCGAUUUUGAGUUUGACCUUUGUGCCUGGGAACAGGAGCAGGAUGAAGACUUUGACUGGAAUCUGAAAGCUAGCAGCAUCCUUGCCACAGGCACAGAGCCAGUGGCAGACCACACCUUGGGAAAUUCAUCUGGGCAUUACAUCUUCAUAAAGAGCUUGUUCCCACAGCAGCCCAUGAGAGCAGCUAGAAUUUCAAGUCCAGUUAUAAGUAAGAGAAGCAAAAAUUGCAAGAUCAUUUUUCAUUAUCACAUGUAUGGAAAUGGCAUUGGGGCUCUCAGCUUGAUCCAGGUAUCAGUCUCAAACCAAACCAAGGUCCUCCUUAACCUCACUGCAGAACAAGGCAAUUUCUGGAAGAGAGAAGAACUGCCACUGUUUGGUGAUGAGGACUUCCAACUCAAAUUUGAAGGAAGAGUAGGGAAAGGCUACCAUGGUGAUAUUGCACUUGAUGACAUUGUGCUCACAGAGAAUUGUCUGUCAUCCCAUCACUCUGUCAAAGAAGAACCAGCAGUGCCUCUCCCAACAGGUUACUGCCCAUAUGGAUAUCGAGAAUGUCAGAAUGGUAAAUGUUAUAAACAGGAGCAAAACUGUAAUUUUGUAGAUGACUGUGGAGAUAAUACUGAUGAAAAUGAAUGCGGUGGGUCCUGUACUUUUGAAGAAGGCUGGUGCGGCUGGCAAAACUCCCUGGCUGAAAACUUUGAUUGGAUAUUAGGGGUCGGCUCUCAUCAAAGCUUAAGACCUCCCAGAGACCACACACUUGGAAAUGAAGAUGGACACUUCCUGUAUCUAGAGGCUACCCCAGUGGGCCUGCGGGGGGAGAAAGCACACCUCAGGAGUCCUGUGUGGCAAGAGUCUGGUGCAGCCUGCACACUAAGUUUCUGGUAUUUCAUAUCCGCAAAAGCCACAGGAUCCAUUCAUAUUCUCAUUAAGACAGAACAAGGACUCCAGAAAGUAUGGGAAGAAAGUGAGAACCAUGCUAAUCAUUGGCAACAGGCUGUCAUCAUGCUAGGAAAGUUAAGGAAUUUUGAAGUUAUAUUCCAAGGGAUCAGAACAAGGGAUCUUGGAGGAGGAGCAGCAAUUGAUGAUAUUGAAUUUAAAAACUGCACAACUGUUGGAGAAACGUCUGAGAUUUGCCCAGAAACCACUGAUUUUUUGUGCCAAGACAAGAAGUGUAUUGCAUCCCACCUUGUCUGUGACUAUAAGCCUGAUUGCUCUGAUAAGUCUGAUGAAGCUCACUGCGGACAGUACACAAGUACAACAGGAAGCUGUAAUUUUGAAACAACUUCAGAAAAUUGGACCACUGCCUGUAGUCUUACUCAGGACUCUGAGGAUGACUUGGACUGGGCCAUUGGCAGCAGAAUUCACACCGAAGCAUUGAACCCAGACUCUGAUCACACACCAGGCAGUGGCCAGCACUUCUUGUAUGUCAACUCUUCUGGGCCCAAAGAAGGAUCCACUGCAAGAAUCACUACAUCCAAAUUCUUCCCAGCAAGUCAUGGAAUGUGUUCUGUUCGUUUCUGGUUCUACACGGUUGAUCCAGGGAGUAUGGGGAUAUUAAAGGUGUAUACAGUUGAAGAAUCAGGACUAAAUAUCCUGGUGUGGUCAGUGGUUGGAAAUAAAAGAACUGGCUGGACGUAUGGACAUGUAUCUGUCUCCAGUAACGGUCCAUUUAAAGUGGCAUUUGAAGCUGAUUUAGGUGGAAAUGAGAACAUCUUCAUUGCCCUUGAUGACAUCUCUUUCACCCCAGAGUGCAUGUCUGGAGGUCCUGCCACAACACAGCCGCCAUCCUGUGGUGUGGAUCAAUUUUCUUGUAUCUACACACUCCAGUGUGUCCCUCUCUCUGGAAUAUGUAAUGGCUCAGAAGAGUGCGUAGAUGGAUCUGAUGAAAUGGAUUGUUCUACUGGCUCCACACCUCAGCUCUGUGGGGAAAUGGAGUUCCCCUGCUCUGGGGGCCAGUGUAUCCCGUCUCUCCUGCUGUGUGAUGGAGUACCAGACUGUCACUUUAAUGAAGAUGAAUCCAGCUGUCCCACCGAGAGCUGUUCCGAGGGAGCUCUGGUAUGCACCUCCUCUAAUAGCUGCAUCCCAGCUCUCCACCGCUGUGAUGGUUUUGCUGACUGUGUGAAUUUCCAACCUGAUGAGUCCAGCUGCUCAGAGUGUCCAGCAAAUUACUGCAGAAAUGGCGGAGCUUGUGUGGUGGAGAAAAAUGGUCCCACGUGUCGAUGUGGGCAAGGAUGGAAAGGAAGUCGAUGCCACAUCAAGUUCACCCCUCCUGCUGCAGAUCUUGUGUACAUGCAGAAUAAUUUAUGGGCUCUUCUGGGUAUUGGAUUUGCUUUCCUGAUGACUCAUAUUACUGUCGCCGUCUUGUGUUUUCUUGGGAAAAGAAAAGUGUCAGUAAGGAAAACUGAGAGAACUGGUAACUGUGCCUUUGUUAAUCCAAUCUAUGGCAAUUGGAGCAACCCAGAGAAAACAGAGAGUUCUGUCUACUCGUUCUCCAACCCAGUAUAUGGCACAGCACCAAGAAGCUUGGAAACCAUGUCUCAUCAUCUCAAAUAGCAGAAUCAAGAUCAAGUAUGAUCCACUAUGUGUACUUCAUACAAAAUUCUGUACUCUAAAUUCCUACAAAAAUGUAUCUUCCAUGAUAGUAGAGAUUCAAAAUUCUAAUGUGAUUAUAGUUUUUAUAAAAGAUCUUAAUACACUGCCUUCAUGGAACCCAAAUCUGUACCUUAUCUUCAUUGUAUAUUUGCAUAAUUUAAUACAGUGUUCUAAUUAAGCAUAUUUUUUGAUUUUUAUAUUGGUAAUAUUUUAAGGUAAUGAAUCAAGUUGUUUCAAAUAUUGAAUAUAAAAAAAGAUUUAAAAGGCAUAUUUCUUUUUCAAAAGACAUAAACAAAGGCAAACUGACUUGGUAAACUAGCAGAAAGGACAAAUCAUUGUAAUUCUAACCACCAUAAUCGUAAGUUAUUGUUACAUUUUUUUAAGUGUGUGAUAAAUUAUCACCCUGUAUCUCCCUUUUUCAAAUAAUCAUUUAAAACUUUUAUGUAAAUAUGAAGCUACUUCAAACAUUUGUGGAAAAUAAGGUAAGUUUGUUUCGAUGCAAAAAGUAUUCAAAUCCAUGCAUAUGUAUAUGUACUGAUCAAAUUACAAUCAGCAUUUCCACCUCCUUAUUGUUUGUUUGGGGCCUUCAAGCUCCACUAUUUCAGUUCUUCAUAAAUCAUGUAAGGUAACCACGAGCUAUGGUCAUCCUACUGUGCUGUGGAAUUCUAAGAGUUAUUCUGUGUUUUGGUACACAUUCAUUUUCCAACGAUCUCUAUUCUGUCCCCAUACUUCUCAGCCUCUAGUAAUCACUGCCCUAUAUUCAGGUCAACUUUUUCUUGGGCUUCCAUAUAUGAGAGAACAUGCAGUAUUUAUCUUUCCAUCCCUGGUUUUUUUCCCUUAAUGUUCUCCAGUUUUGUAUAUUUUACUGCAAAUACCAGGGCUUCAUUAUUUUUUGAGCUAAAUAAUAUUUAUAUUUAUCCAUUUUAUCUUUGUUAUUGUAAAUAUUAGCACAAUAAACAAAGGAGUACAGGUAUCUCUGAUAUGACUCUACUUCCUUUGGAUAUAUAACUAGAAAUAGGAAGUUAGAUUGUGGGGAGCAACUCGGACUAGACUAAGUUACUGGAAUUAAGACUUAUUCUAUGCAUCUGCUCUCCCACAAUAUGGCGCUGGGAGAGGAGUAAACAGCUUCUACACAGCUGCCUCUCACCAACUUGACAAGCUGCAGGAGCUGCUCCUGAUUGGAGGAGAGCAGCGUGCUCGGCGUGUGGGUAGCAGAGUUGGGAUUGUUGGAAGAGGACUAUAAAGGAGGAGAGAGACAACAUGCACCAGGAACACCUGAGGAACAUCUGAGCAGCCCCGGAGAGCUGGCUGGUGGUGUGCCACUCCUCCGCAGAAGUGGGGAAAGUGGCAGGGGGGCCCACCCCUCCACGGAGGUGGAGGGACGGCAGCCAACCCGGGAAGAACCAGCAGCAAGCCCGGGAAGGGCCGAGGAGACAGAAGAACAGCGCAGGGUCCUGUGUCGUUCCUCCGUGGAGAGGGGGAGCGACAUUAGAUCAUACAGUAGAUGUAUUUUUUUAAGAAACUUCCAUACUAUUCUCCAAAAUAACCAUAUAAAUUUACAUUCUCACCAACAAGUAUAUAAGGAAUUCCUUUUCUCCAUAUCAUCACCAGCAUUUGUUAUUUUUGUCUUUUUAACAGUAGUCAUUCUAUUUUGGGUGAGAUGUACUCUUGAUUUGCAUCUUCCUGAUGACCACUGACACUGAGCAUUUUUUCAUACAGGUAUUGGCCAUCUGUAUUUCUUCUUCUGAGGAAUGUGUAUGGAAAUCAUUUGUCUAUUUGAA